AUGGAAAUUACAAAAUCGUCGUUCAAAAGGGUUUUUCCACUAGUCGAGGAGGUGAUUCGACGUUGCACAUUCAUAUCGAUUGAUGGCGAGUAUUCCGGUCUUUAUACAAACAAAAGCAAAUCAAUUGCGAUGGCAGAUGAUAUGCAGCAGCGCUAUGAAAAAAUCCGAGAUUCAUCGCAAGCAUUUUCAUUUUUGCAAUUUGGCAUGACCGCGUUUACUUGGGAUCCAUCAACGUCUUCGUUUGAUGUUAAGCCAUUUUCGUUUUAUUUGUUCUCAGACCCCUCUAAGCUCCUUGGGCUUGACAGGCGAUUUAGCUUUCAAGCGUCGAGCGCUUCUUUUUUGGCCGACUUUCAUUUUAAUUUUAACAAAGUGUUCCACGAAGGCAUUCAGUUCCUCAAUCGAUCCGAGGAAAAUAACUUUAGACAAAGAAGCGCAGAGCCUACAAGCCAAAAUCCAAAUGUUUUGGUGCCCCCUGAACAUGCGGAAUUCGUGAACUCGAACAUGUCAAACAUCGAGUCUUGGAUAACAUCGGAGUCCUCUAUGAGCCUUGAGCUUCCAAAAAUGAAUUCAUUUCGGCGAUUAUUAAUGUACCAGCAAAUAAGGACAAAGUAG